CUUCUUUCCUCCAUCACCACCAUCGAUACUUCUCCUCCUAUAGUCUGCUGAUAAUAACAAGAGAGAAUAAGAAUGCCCCCCGCAGGCCCAAAGUCCGACAUCAACCGCUCGGGCUCCGAAGUCACGGACUUCCCAGCCGUGUGCAACGACUGCCUCAGCGCAACUGACAACCCAUUCAUCCAAAUGAUAAAGGAAGAUCACGGCAUGGAAUGCAAGAUCUGCACGAGGCCCUUCACCGUCUUUCGCUGGGCCGCCGACCGCACAUCCCGCUUCAAGAAGACAAACAUAUGUCUAACGUGUGCCCGCCUGAAGAAUUGCUGUCAAUGCUGCAUGCUGGAUUUAUCCUUCGGCCUGCCGAUCGCGGUGCGUGACGCGGCGCUCAAGUUGGUGGCGCAGGGUCCUAGUUCGGGGAUCAACAAGGAGUACUACGCCCAGAACAGUGAGGGCACGUUGGUAGACGCGCAGGUGCCGGAGGAGUACGAGAAGACGGACGAUCGGGCGCGGGAGUUGUUGAAGAGGUUGGCUGGGAGUGAGCCUUAUUACAAGAGGAGGCGCGGGGGUGGGGGUAAUGGUAAUGAUGGGGAGGGGUCUCGCAGGGUGGGGCCUGUUAGGAAUAGGGGCGGUGGAGGUGGUAGAGGAAGGGGUGGAAAAGGUCGCGGAGCUCGCUUCCCGGGUGUCAGUCAGAUCCCCCCGGGACCGAUGGACUGGGCUCCCCCGGAAGAUACUACAAUUACUUCCCUAUUUCUCACAGGCGUGGAAGAUGACCUAGCAGAACACCACCUACGAACAUUCUUUGCCCCUCACGGCCCGAUAAAGUCCGUCGUGUGCGUGCACCGAUCCCGCUGCGCAUUCAUAAACUUCACCACCCGUGCCGCCGCCGAAUCUGCGACCGCGACAUGCCAGGGGAAGGCCGUUGUCGCCGGGUGUCCACUGCGCGUGCAGUGGGGGCGCACAAGGCCGUUGGGGAAUAUGGAUCGGGGGCAGAGUGCCGCGGUGGUUAGGGAUGUGAACCCUGCUGCUGCUGGUGGUGGGAAGGAGGAGGAGGUAGUGGAUGCCGGGGAUAUGGAAGGGCGGGAGGAUGGGGGGAGAGAUGUCAGGGAGGAAAUUGUCCUUGCAAGGCCCCCCGGGGAGGAUGAUGUUGUGUAUCCUUCGCAGGUAGGGAGCUGA